CCUAAAAGCCUCACCUCGGCGGCCUCCGUCGCUGCCCCUCAGCGGCCACCUCGCCGCCCCUCCAACACUCGCUACAUCGUCAUCCAACGUCGCCUUUCAGCGGCCACCCAGGCACCCAUGCGCCUGCUUGUACGUCAACGCCUGAUUGAAACCAUCGCUGCCCAGAUCUGCCUCAGUGUGGUUUGCAUCGUUGCGGCAACGACAUCUUCGAUCCUCAACUCCGGAACUAAAUCCAGAAGGACUACACCAUUCUCGCGGCUGAUGGCUGUGGAAAAAUGGAAAAUUAGCCUGUCCUAUGAAGAUGAGAAUCAUCAGCAUAAAGUUCUUGAGGGAUUAAUGGACAGAACAGAUAUCUCCUAUUAUGAGUUAGUCAAAUUGAUCGAAGAAGUUGGCUUCUCACCGGCAUAUGAUUUCUUGUAUUAUAGGAAGAAAUACCCGCGUGGUAGAGGCUAUUUGGUUCGCAUUGAUAAUGACAUUCAUGUGAGCAGAAUGAUAUCAGAACAUACCAAUGAGAAGAAGGUCCAGUUGUAUGUGUUCAACGAGGAGGCAAACAUUGAUGUUGCUCCAUCAGACCCUCAACGUGAGGAUGAUGGACCGAUUACCAGCUUAGAGGAGGAGGAGGUUGUCUUCGAUAAAGGAGCAGCAAAAACUAGGGCGGCGACGUCACAAAGUAAUAGCAACCGUAAGCUCAAUAACGAUUUCAGUUUUGUAGGAACAUGUCAUGCUUAG